AUGGAAAAUUGUAUUGAAUAUUUUCGUAAGCUUAAAGGCAAAGGCAAAUCUCCAGAUGGUUUUGAUGAAAAUUUAGCUGUUUUACAAAAAGAAGCUCAAAAAAACGGCCUAGAUAAUUUAUGUAUCAAAGUAAUUGCUCAUGUCAUUAGGAGAAAUGAAUUACAUAAUAAAGAACUGGAGGCAAUGAUAGUAUAUUGGCUGGCAGAUCAUAAACUUUUACCAAUAACUGUCUCAGUACACAUUCUCCAGUGGUUCAUCGGACUAUGGGAGUACCAGUUAUCAGAUAGAGAGAUAAUAAAUAGUUAUUAUGACUGCUUCUUUUACCAGUUGCUGAAGCGUGAAAAAACUGAAUCUGUGAUUACAAGGCUGAUUUAUUUAUUAACAAAACCACAAGACGUGACUCGUAGACAAGUGAGAAGGCUGAUUAAACACCAAGAACAGUAUCCGAAGCCUCCCAAGCACAUUUCUGCGUUAUUGUCUCUGUUUAAAUCAUACAAGCCUGAGUUAGUCCCUGAGAAAAUUCCCUCGCUGAACGUCGAGAGCGUCUGGAAGCCUAUACCAGAAGUCUUAAGAGCCGGAUUUGAAGAUGCAAAGAACCGCUGCAGUGGAAUCGAGUCCCGGGUACUGGAGAUUUUUGACUGGAAUCCGGUAAAAAUGCCUGUUAAAAAUCAAUCUGUACCUCUACUGCCGUCGAUGAGGUACUUCCAAAUGGGCUCUAGCAUUUACAAAGACCAAGACACGAAAACUUUGUUUGAUAUUAACAGUUUUCAAGAUAUAGGAAAGUAUCACUUUCAAUUAGAGCUGCCUUCGAAUGCCAUAUCGUUGCUGGCAAAUAACGCUGGCUAUCACUGCCUGACAUUUGCGAACUAUGAAUUCCAGAGUAGGUUUUCUUUUAAUUUAUAUUUAGCGCUAAGAAGAGCGUUUAUCAUUGAGAACAAUGCGUUUUCGUCUGAACAAAAAGCGCAGUUGCUUGAUAUGACUACUGAGUUUUGUAAAUAUAUGAAGCAAGGUAUUCCCGUGGUUCUAAGAUUCUUCAUGGAGUACACCGCUUAUGACUCUGGUGAAUUCAGAAGCAAAUUGUUGAAUUUGUUUGAAUGGUCGACGACUAUUUCCGUAGCUGAGCUGGAAGAUCUUGCUAAUUAUUUUGACUCGUUUAUCAACCAAAGGUUUGGAAAAGAGAAAUUCAAGCCUUCGCCGUUCUUAGGACAAGUUCCAACAAAUAAAUUAUCUGAUCUGAUUCCGGCAAUUCUCAAGACCGUCGACCACUUUAUGACCAACGGUCUGAGUAUUCACAACAACUCUGUGCUGCUUCUCGACAAAGGAAUCGAGUUUUAUGAAACCAUUAACAGAUUAGCGAGUCGCUGCGAACCUCCAUGGCUGAUUAUCGCGCCUCCGAGUUUGAUUUACGGAGGAUUUGUGUCCAAGAGUGCUGCAAUCAUUUCGCAGAUCUGUGAUUUACUCAUCAAUUAUCGUAAGAUAUAUAGUCAAAUUAAUGACUCAAGAGUGAGAGAAAUUUACGAAGCCGAGGCAAAGGCUCUGAAAAUUUAUACCUCUGAUUUGGGCAACGCCUUGUGGAAUGAUCAAAUAUUUUCUAUAAGGCACGAUGGGCAAUUUUUAAGGUCACUGCCAAACAAGAUGAUUACCAAUUUACCAAAAAGCAAAGAAUAUUCAUUAAAUAUCAGCAAUCACAUCGCUUUUUUGCCAUACAGAUCAACGUUAAUUAAUAGUAACUUUGCUAUUGGACCAAAAGAUCUGGCGUUGUGUCUAGCUGAAAAUUAUUUGCCGGCAAUUAGUAAUUUUAUACGAUCAUUAGAUGAUUAUGAGAGUGAAAAUGAAACGUAA